AUGAGAUGGUUGGUCGCAAACGUCAGCAUCUUCGCCUUUUUGGCCGCUGGAGUGCAAACUCUCACGCUCUCGUCGGUUCAGCUGAUAAAGCCAUCUGCGCGGCGAGUGUUCAGCGAACUGCCAGCGAGGGCUCUUGCGCGUGCAGACAAACAUUCGAGCGUCGUGCAGCACGGUGGAUGCUCCGGCAAAUUCACUGAUAUUGGAGGCACAGAGGGGAAAUCUUGUGAAUGCGCUCUGCAAAGGCCAACCGACACAACAGACGUCAACUCAAGCGCAGCCCCAACCGACGUUUUCGACCAUUUCCAGGCCGUCGACCACAGUAAUUUCGAUAACUUUGACAAUUCCCACUUCUUCAAGGUCGAGCUCAGAGACACCUUCGUCUACCCGGACGGCAACUACUGCUACGUCGAUGACAACAUCGACAACACAAUUCACUGUCAGCCUGACAUUGCCCGAUUCCACGACAAGCACCGAGACAGAGACGGAGACAGAAACGGAGACGGAGACGAAGACGGAGGCGGAGACGGAUACAAAGACGGAUACAAAGACGGAAACGGACUCAAUUUCUACAACAUCAACUUCCUCGCAAGAAAUGACGACUACCGCCGAGAGUACUACAUCCAGCAGCGGCAGCAGUAG